CCCCUUCGAUCUUUCUCUCUCACUUCUUCUAUCCCUCGUUUUUCUCAGAGGUUGAGAUUCGAAAACCCUAAAAACUCCAUUAAACCAUCUUCUCCAAAGAAUUAGUAGAAAGAAGGUAAAUCCAUCUGGUUGAAUAGGGUUCGAGGUGAUACAAGAUGUGGAACAACAACGUGGGAGGAGCUAGUAGCUCCUCUUCACAACCUGUUGCACCACCUGGUACUGGUGGUUCUUCAAUUCCUCCACCACCAGCGAUGCAACCAUUGUAUAGUAUACCACCAACUCCAGCUGAAACUGAAGCCCUUUUAGAAGAGAAAGCACGUAAGUGGAUGCAACUUAACUCUAAAAGAUAUGGUGAUAAGAGGAAGUUCGGUUUUGUUGAGACUCAGAAAGAAGAUAUGCCUCCUGAACAUGUUCGUAAAAUCAUAAGAGACCAUGGAGACAUGUCGUCCAAGAAAUAUCGGCACGAUAAAAGAGUUUAUCUCGGAGCUCUUAAAUUUAUCCCUCAUGCAGUCUACAAGCUGCUUGAGAACAUGCCAAUGCCUUGGGAGCAGGUGCGGGAUGUGAAGAUUUUGUAUCACAUUACUGGAGCAAUCACAUUCGUGAAUGAGAUACCAUGGGUUGUUGAACCUAUAUAUUUGGCACAGUGGGGUACAAUGUGGAUUAUGAUGCGAAGGGAGAAAAGGGAUCGUCGACAUUUCAAGAGGAUGCGGUUUCCACCUUUUGAUGAUGAGGAACCACCAUUAGACUAUGCUGACAAUCUGUUAGAUGUGGAUCCCUUGGAGCCAAUCCAAUUAGAGAUGGAUGAAGAGGAAGAUUCUGCAGUUUAUACAUGGUUUUAUGACCAUAAGCCUCUUGUCAAGACAAAGCUCAUCAAUGGACCUAGUUACAGGAGGUGGCAUCUGUCUCUUCCAAUAAUGGCAACUCUACAUCGUCUUGCUGGACAGCUUCUUUCUGAUUUGAUCGACAGAAACUAUUUCUACUUAUUUGAUAUGGAAUCCUUCUUUACGGCAAAAGCAUUAAACAUGUGCAUUCCUGGUGGUCCCAAAUUUGAGCCUUUGUAUCGUGAUAUGGAGAAAGGGGAUGAGGACUGGAAUGAGUUUAAUGACAUCAAUAAACUUAUCAUCCGGUCUCCUCUCAGGACGGAGUAUAGAAUUGCGUUUCCUCAUCUAUACAACAAUAGGCCUAGGAAAGUGAAGCUCUGUGUUUAUCAUACACCGAUGAUUAUGUAUAUUAAAACUGAGGAUCCUGAUUUACCUGCAUUCUACUAUGAUCCUUUGAUCCACCCCAUACUUUCCAUUAACAAAGACAAGAAAGAAAAGAAAGAUGACGAAGAAGAGGACGAUGAGUUUGUUAUGCCGGAAGGGGUGGAGCCUUUGCUUCAAAACACUCAGCUAUACACUGAUACUACCGCUGCAGGUAUUUCGUUACUGUUUGCCCCACGCCCUUUCAACAUGAGAUCUGGUAGGAUGCGACGUGCUGAAGAUAUUCCUCUUGUCUCAGAGUGGUACAAGGAGCACUGUCCUCCAUCGUAUCCUGUUAAAGUCCGGGUGAGUUACCAGAAAUUGUUGAAAUGUUUUGUGCUGAAUGAGUUGCAUCACCGACCACCCAAGGCUCAGAAGAAGAAGCACUUGUUCCGUUCACUCCAAGCUACUAAGUUUUUCCAGAGUACUGAGUUGGAUUGGGCUGAAGCCGGUCUUCAAGUUUGUAAGCAAGGAUACAACAUGUUGAAUCUUUUGAUUCACAGAAAAAAUUUGAAUUAUCUCCAUCUUGAUUACAAUUUUAAUCUGAAACCCGUGAAGACUCUUACUACGAAGGAACGUAAGAAGUCACGUUUUGGUAAUGCGUUUCAUCUGUGUCGUGAAAUCUUGCGUCUGACGAAACUUGUGGUGGAUGCCAACAUCCAAUUCCGUUUGGGGAAUGUAGAUGCAUUCCAAUUGGCAGAUGGACUUCAGUACACAUUCUCACACGUUGGUCAGCUGACUGGUAUGUAUCGGUACAAAUACAGACUUAUGCGGCAGAUCAGAAUGUGUAAAGACUUGAAGCACUUAAUAUAUUACCGCUUCAAUACUGGACCUGUUGGGAAAGGACCUGGCUGUGGUUUCUGGGCGCCUAUGUGGAGGGUAUGGCUGUUCUUCCUUCGUGGAAUUGUGCCUCUGUUAGAAAGAUGGCUUGGAAAUUUAUUAGCUAGGCAAUUUGAAGGACGUCAUUCUAAGGGAGUUGCCAAGACUGUAACUAAGCAACGUGUUGAGAGUCACUUCGACUUGGAACUUCGAGCUGCUGUUAUGCAUGAUGUGCUUGAUGCAAUGCCAGAGGGUAUUAAGCAAAAUAAAGCCAGGACUAUCUUGCAGCACCUUAGUGAAGCAUGGCGUUGCUGGAAAGCUAACAUUCCCUGGAAGGUUCCUGGUCUACCUGUUCCAAUUGAGAAUAUGAUUCUUCGUUAUGUCAAGUCAAAAGCAGAUUGGUGGACAAAUGUUGCCCACUACAAUCGUGAGCGUAUUAGAAGAGGUGCCACAGUCGACAAGACUGUUUGUAGAAAGAAUUUAGGAAGAUUGACCCGUCUGUGGUUAAAGGCUGAACAGGAGCGACAACACAAUUAUUUGAAGGAUGGUCCAUAUGUCACCCCAGAAGAAGCUGUUGCUAUUUACACCACGACUGUGCAUUGGCUAGAAUCAAGGAAGUUCUCACCAAUACCUUUCCCUCCUUUGUCCUACAAGCAUGACACAAAGCUUCUCAUUCUUGCGUUAGAGAGGCUGAAGGAAUCAUAUAGUGUGGCGGUGAGGUUAAACCAGACUCAAAGAGAGGAAUUAGGUCUCAUCGAACAAGCCUAUGACAAUCCUCAUGAGGCGUUGUCACGAAUAAAACGUCACCUUCUUACACAGCGUGCUUUUAAAGAGGUUGGCAUUGAGUUCAUGGACUUGUACAGUUACCUGAUUCCAGUGUACGAGAUUGAGCCACUGGAAAAGAUUACAGAUGCAUACCUUGACCAAUAUCUUUGGUAUGAAGGGGACAAACGUCAUCUCUUUCCCAAUUGGAUUAAGCCUGCUGACUCUGAACCACCUCCACUUUUAGUGUAUAAAUGGUGUCAAGGUAUCAAUAACUUGCAAGGUAUAUGGGACACCGGUGAUGGGCAGUGUGUAGUUAUGCUGCAGACGAAGUUUGAGAAGUUCUUUGAAAAGAUCGACUUGACUAUGCUUAAUAGGCUUUUGCGUUUGGUUCUGGACCACAAUAUUGCUGAUUACGUUACUGCUAAGAAUAAUGUCGUGUUAUCCUACAAGGAUAUGAGCCACACUAACUCGUAUGGUCUGAUUCGUGGUCUUCAAUUUGCCUCGUUUGUUGUUCAGUAUUAUGGACUCGUGCUGGAUCUCUUGCUCCUUGGUUUGACUCGGGCGAGUGAAAUCGCGGGCCCUCCUCAGAUGCCAAAUGAAUUCAUUACUUUUUGGGAUACAAAAGUUGAAACAAGGCAUCCAAUCCGAUUAUAUUCCCGAUAUAUAGAUAGAGUGCACAUUUUGUUCCGAUUUACUCAUGAAGAGGCACGAGAUCUUAUCCAGCGGUAUCUUACCGAACAUCCUGAUCCCAACAAUGAAAACAUGGUUGGGUAUAACAACAAGAAGUGUUGGCCAAGGGAUGCAAGAAUGAGGCUCAUGAAACAUGAUGUUAAUCUUGGGCGAAGUGUCUUCUGGGAUAUGAAAAAUCGGCUUCCUCGAAGUAUCACCACUUUGGAGUGGGAGAACAGUUUUGUUUCUGUAUUCAGCAAGGACAAUCCCAAUUUGCUCUUCAGCAUGUGUGGAUUUGAAGUACGGAUACUGCCAAAGAUAAGAAUGACUCAAGAGGCUUUCAGCAAUACAAAGGACGGAGUCUGGAAUCUGCAGAAUGAACAGACAAAAGAACGAACUGCAGUUGCAUUUUUACGUGUUGAUGAUGAGCAUAUGAAAGUAUUUGAAAAUCGUGUUAGGCAGAUCCUUAUGUCGUCAGGGUCAACAACAUUCACAAAAAUUGUUAACAAGUGGAAUACAGCUCUUAUAGGUCUUAUGACAUAUUUCCGAGAAGCAACUGUGCAUACCCAGGAACUAUUAGAUUUGCUGGUCAAGUGUGAGAAUAAAAUUCAAACUCGUAUCAAGAUUGGGCUAAAUUCAAAAAUGCCUAGCAGAUUUCCUCCUGUCAUUUUCUACACGCCGAAAGAAAUAGGAGGCCUUGGUAUGUUAUCGAUGGGUCACAUAUUGAUUCCACAAAGUGAUCUUAGAUACAGUCAACAAACAGAUGUUGGGGUAACUCAUUUCAGGAGUGGUAUGAGUCAUGAAGAGGACCAGCUAAUUCCAAAUCUUUAUCGUUACAUACAGCCAUGGGAGAGUGAGUUCAUAGAUUCACAACGUGUUUGGGCCGAGUAUGCAUUGAAGAGGCAGGAGGCACAGUCCCAGAACAGGCGCUUAACUCUCGAGGAUCUUGAGGAUUCUUGGGAUAGGGGAAUACCUCGAAUCAAUACUCUGUUUCAAAAGGAUCGGCACACUCUUGCAUAUGACAAGGGAUGGAGAGUGCGUACUGACUUUAAGCAGUAUCAAGUUCUAAAGCAGAAUCCUUUCUGGUGGACUCACCAGCGACACGAUGGGAAAUUGUGGAAUUUGAAUAACUACAGGACGGAUGUCAUCCAGGCACUUGGAGGAGUAGAGGGUAUUCUGGAGCAUACCUUGUUCAAGGGAACAUACUUUCCAACUUGGGAAGGUCUUUUUUGGGAGAAAGCAUCUGGUUUCGAGGAGUCUAUGAAAUACAAGAAGCUGACCAAUGCACAGAGAUCCGGGCUUAACCAAAUACCCAACCGUAGGUUUACCCUUUGGUGGUCACCUACCAUAAAUCGUGCUAAUGUGUAUGUGGGUUUCCAAGUUCAAUUAGACCUGACGGGUAUAUUCAUGCAUGGAAAGAUUCCCACUUUGAAGAUAUCUUUGAUUCAGAUAUUCCGUGCUCAUUUGUGGCAAAAGGUACACGAGAGUGUAGUUAUGGAUCUGUGCCAAGUUUUAGAUCAAGAGUUAGAUGCACUGGAGAUAGAAACUGUGCAGAAGGAGACGAUUCAUCCAAGGAAGAGUUAUAAGAUGAAUAGUUCCUGUGCUGAUAUUCUUCUUUUUGCUGCCCAUCGGUGGCCUAUGUCAAAGCCUAGUCUGGUUGCCGAGUCAAAGGAUGUGUUCGACCAGAAAGCAAGCAAUAAAUACUGGAUAGAUGUACAGCUUCGGUGGGGUGACUAUGAUUCCCAUGAUAUUGAACGUUACACUCGAGCAAAGUUUAUGGAUUAUACAACUGACAACAUGUCUAUCUAUCCUUCACCGACUGGAGUGAUGAUUGGUAUUGAUCUGGCAUACAAUUUGCAUUCUGCAUUUGGUAACUGGUUCCCCGGAUCGAAGCCGCUUCUUGCUCAAGCCAUGAAUAAGAUCAUGAAGUCAAAUCCAGCUUUGUAUGUUUUGAGGGAGCGUAUCAGGAAGGGGUUACAGUUGUAUUCUUCUGAGCCUACAGAGCCAUAUCUGUCAUCUCAAAACUAUGGAGAGAUUUUCAGCAAUCAAAUAAUAUGGUUUGUGGAUGACACCAAUGUGUAUCGUGUAACUAUCCACAAAACAUUUGAAGGGAAUCUCACGACUAAGCCCAUCAAUGGUGCUAUUUUUAUAUUCAAUCCAAGGACUGGGCAAUUGUUUCUGAAGGUCAUCCAUACAAGUGUGUGGGCAGGGCAGAAACGUCUCGGACAGCUGGCCAAGUGGAAAACUGCUGAGGAAGUAGCUGCUCUUGUGCGGUCCUUGCCAGUUGAAGAGCAGCCAAAGCAGAUUAUCGUCACUCGUAAGGGAAUGCUUGACCCUCUGGAGGUCCACUUGCUUGAUUUCCCCAAUGUGGUUAUCAAAGGCAGUGAGUUGCAGCUUCCAUUCCAGGCUUGCUUGAAGAUUGAGAAAUUUGGUGAUUUGAUUCUAAAGGCGACUGAGCCACAAAUGCUUCUGUUUAAUCUCUAUGAUGAUUGGCUGAAGAGCAUAUCGUCUUACACGGCUUUCUCGCGUUUGAUUUUAAUCUUGCGUGCCUUACAUGUGAAUAACGAGAAGGCAAAGAUGUUGCUAAAGCCUGAUACAACGGUUGUCACUGAACCACAUCACAUUUGGCCUUCUCUCACUGAUGAUCAAUGGAUGAAGGUAGAGGUUGCUUUGAGGGAUCUUAUACUCUCAGAUUAUGCAAAGAAGAAUAAUGUGAACACAUCGGCGCUGACCCAGUCUGAGAUUCGUGAUAUUAUUCUUGGUGCUGAGAUUACUCCACCCUCGCAACAACGUCAGCAGAUACAAGAGAUUGAAAAGCAACAGAAGGAAUCAAGCCAGCUGACAGCAGUCACAACAAAGACGACAAAUGUGCAUGGUGAAGAACUCAUUGUCACCACGACGAGUCCUUUUGAGACCCAACAGCAUGUAUCGAAAACCGAUUGGCGUGUGAGAGCAAUUUCAGCCACCAACCUUUAUCUCCGUGUUAAUCACAUUUAUGUUAAUUCGGAGGACAUUAAGGAGACAGGAUACACUUAUAUCAUGCCCAAGAACAUUUUGAAGAAGUUCAUCUGUGUAGCAGAUCUCCGAACACAAAUUGCAGGUUACCUGUAUGGUGUAAGCCCCCCCGACAACCCUCAAGUGAAAGAGAUUCGCUGUAUUGUCAUGGUUCCUCAGUUGGGUACACAUCAAGAUGUCAAACUUCCAUUGGCUCUGCCAGAGCAUGAUUUCUUGAACGACCUGGAGCCGCUUGGGUGGAUGCAUACUCAACCAAACGAGCUUCCUCAGCUGUCCCCACAGGAUCUGACUGGCCAUGCUCAAAUUCUUGAAAGUAACAAGCAGUGGGAUGGAGAAAAGUGCAUCAUCUUGACCUGCAGUUUCACUCCGGGUUCAUGCUCAUUAACUGCCUACAAACUUACCCCUUCAGGGUACGAGUGGGGGCGUGCCAACAAGGACUCCGGAAGCAAUCCUCAUGGUUACCUUCCAACUUUCUAUGAGAAGGUUCAGAUGCUCCUCAGUGAUCGCUUCCUAGGGUUUUACAUGGUUCCUGACAGUGGAUCGUGGAAUUUCAACUUCAAUGGAGUGAAGCAUAACCCUAAUCUGAAGUACGGGAUAAAGCUUGGAACACCUCGUGAGUAUUAUCACGAAGAUCACAGGCCAACUCAUUUUCUUGAGUUCAGUAAUAUAGAAGAGGGAGACAACAUGGCUGAAGGAGAUCGGGAGGACAAGUUUACCUAGUCAGGUGAAUUUGUGCUUUUAUUAAUACUCCCAUGAACCCCAAGGGUAUUGUAGUUUGAUAAUGUGACAACACUUGGAGGAGAGGGUACAAGUAAUUUUGGGCUGGCUUCUGUAUUUUCCUUUCUUUAGGAGAAGCUGAUAUAGAAUUUCCAGAUGGCGCCUUUUUUUUUCCUUGGGGUGUUCAAAACCCCCUUGAAACAUUAGCUAAAAGAACACCAUUUUAGGCUCCCAUGUAAAUACUCAGACAAAUAUGUACAAUCCAGAUCUUUCUAUGCUACUGUAAUGUAUUUUUAUAUGUAUUGGGUAACUGUAGUAAAUGUAUGACCAGUACCAAGUUCUUAUUUGUGUCCCUAUUUUCUCUUUA